AUGCUUUUUGUUGUGCAGUGAUUAGGCAAUAAGGACACUGCUGAUAGAGUAUGAGAUCGAUAAUGACUAAUACUGAAGGUACAAAUCCUGAGGUCUACCUAUCAUUGGGUCUCAUCACAUCAUGCAAGAAGUCUCCUGGAUUCCCAAGGAUAUUAUCCCUUAUAUCCUCAAUUCUUGAGACAACCGUCGAAAAUACUGAAAAUAAACUGGAUUCGUUGGAAAUAACAGACACUGCAAGUGUCUUCACCGGUAUGAGAGCACCGACACUUAGCAUACGAAGGUACAUGGAGCGCAUCUUCAAGUAUGCAAGGUGCAGCCCGUCUUGCUUUCUUCUUGGAUACAUAUAUAUUGAAAGAUUCCUUCAACAACCCGACACUUAUUUGACCUCCCUCAAUGUCCAUCGUCUGAUCGUCACAAGUGUUAUCGUCGCUGCCAAGUUUAUAGAUGAUGCCUUCUGCAGCAAUGCAUAUUAUGCAAGAGUUGGAGGGAUCAACACAUUGGAAAUGAAUACACUGGAGCUCAACUUCUUAGCCAAUCUAGAUUUCAAACUCCAUGUGACCGUAGGUACAUUCGACAAGUAUUGUUCGCGGAUAGAAACAGAAGCCAAGACCUACCGCAUUGAGCCACCGAUCAAGACUUGCGCGGUCGAUGAGUGGACGAACAUAGAAGAUCCGAAACACCCAGCAGUGGUUCGGAGAUACAGUUGGGGUACGACAUGAAUGUUUCUUCAGAGCACUUGAACACAAACUGGAUAUUCAAAUUUCAUUCAUUCAACAAGAUCUAUAUUGCACAUUAUCAUAUCUUUUCAUGAACUGGAUAAUUCAAAUUUUAGUUGUUUAAUUUAGUCUAAUUGAUUAGUAUGUAGACUAAUUUUAUUCAUGUUUAAAUACUAAAUUCGUCGACCAUAAAUAAAUACAAACAAAUUUAGCUAUUUUCUUUUAUUGCUCCUCUAAAAUAUUUUGCUCACUUAAUGUGUUUUUCUUUGACUAUAAAAUUGGGUGGUCAUGCUAAUAAUCCACGUGUCAAGUUCGGAUAACAAACCUAUAGAUUUCAUCACCCACCUCCUCCAUUCGCGAAGCCUUCGUCCUCCCCAUCCAUCAACCAGCGCCAUGCCGCCGUCGCCUCUUCCUCUCGCAACUCCCGUCUCCUCGUCCCCUUCCUCCGCCCUCGCGCUCGCCGCCUCCACCGCCGUCCGCUCCGCCAUCGCAUCGACGCCGCCCAGCGUCACCGCGGCCGUGGGAAGGCGGGAGCUGGGCCUGUCCGCCUGCUUCACCGCGCUCACUCUCUCGCUCGCCAGGCCCGCCCCCGCCGCCGUCCUGGAGGCGGACGACGACCUGGAGCUUCUGGAGAAGGUGAAGAAGGACCGGAAGAAGAGGCUCGAGAAACAGGGCGUCAUCAGCUCCUCCCUCAAGGAAAAAGGGCACCUUCAAGAAGUGAUCUACAAACUGAGCAAAGUGGGCCAAGCCAUCGAAAACAACGACCUCGAUGCAGCCAGUUCUCUUCUAGGCCCAAGCACCACAGUCGAAUGGGUUCAGAACGUAAACGCAGCCUUUUCUAAGCUAAGUAGCAGCCCAGAAGAGAAAACUGAGGUGGACAACUUCAAUUCUUCCUUGGCAUCUCUGUUCGCCUCAGUCGGCGACCGCGACGUUGGGUCUAGUAAACUGGCUUUUGUAUCGUCCGCAAGCGCGCUGGAGAAAUGGGUGGAGUUUGCUGGCCUGGUUGGCCAGCUGAAGGGCCUCUGAUGGUGUGUGAGGGUUUCUUCUUGCGACUCAAAAUGGGUUCACUCUUUUUUGUUAAUUUCAUCUAGGCCAACUUACUUUCAUUCUUUAUGUGAGUGUACUAGCUAGAUUUCAUGUUGAAUUCCCUUUCGUAAAGUCUUUGAAACAUGAAUGAUGUGUGUCGUAUGCAUUUAUAUUUUCGGUAUCAAAUCUGAAGUUUUUGUUCA